GUGAUGACUUGUGCAUAUGUCCUGCGCUUGUGUUGAUGGUUGUGACUUCGUUGAGUGACAGACAUGCCUCUACAACGCAUUUGAUGGCCUUACACUCAGUUAAGUGAGUUUGAGAGAGGUCGCAUCGUUGAAUUGAGAGAAGGAGGAUGGUCAUACCGCCUAAUUGGCCACCAUCUGAACCGUUCUGAUGGAACUGUUAGGAUGUGUUAUGAGCAGUGAGUACGUAGGGGUACGCAUGAAUGGCAAACAGGUUCCAGAUGCCAUCGACAGACCACCAGGAAGGAGGAUCGUCUCAUUGUAUGUCAAGCACAGACAGUGCCUACAGCUUCAUCAUCUACCAUUCAUGCAGCAGUGGCACCUGCAUUACGGAACCAUGUAUCCAGCCGCACCAUUUCCAGGCACUUAGUAGAAGGCGAAUUGGUCGCUCAACACCCAGUAUGUGUUCUACCAUUAACAGCCACCCACCGACGCCUCCGUCUGCAGUGGUGUCGUGCACAACAAUCAUGGACAGCUACCGAUUGGCAGCAUAUUGUCUUCAGGGACGAAUCCCGCUUUUUUUGGGGGCUCACGAAGACCGUGUGAGGGUAUGGCAGCCUGCUGGUCAACACGUCAACCCAGCCUAUACUGUGGAGUGGCACACGGGCCCAACCCCCAGUGUUAUGGUGUGGGGAGCCAUAACAUAUGACAGUAGGACACCUCUAAUUGUCAUGCGUACUACCCUCACAGCCCAACGAUAUGUGCAAUACAUCCUCCAGCCACAUGUGUUGCCCCUCAUGGCAGGGCUUCCGACAGGCAUAUUCCAGCAGGAUAAUGCCCGGCCACACACCACAGCGGUCUCCCAAGCAUGCCUACAUAACAUUGCCACACUUCCUUGGUCUGCACGAUCUCUAGAUUUAUCGUUAAUCGAACAUGUGUGGAACCACCUGGGACGCCAGCUGUGACAGCCACGGGAUAUGAUGCAUCUUGAGUCCCAGUUGCAUCACGCAUGGACAGAUAUGCCGCAGAACAUUAUACACAACCUUUAUGCCUCCACGCCAAGGUAUAUCACAGCUUGUAUCCGCACUAGAGGCGGCCCAAUGGGAUAUUAGCACUUGCACUGUAUUGCACAUCACUGCACAAUAAAGUAUGUUUUUGUUUUAUGGUUGCAACCAUAUGCCUGUCUAGCUAUGACAA